CUUGUUGGAUCAAGUCUUCUUUUAACCUCUGAAACAGCUCAAUAAAACCUUUUAUUUAAGCUUAGGAGCUGGGCUGGUUGAGAUGGCUCAGCAGAAUCUAUCUACAAGAAGAACUUUUCUGCAGUUAUGCAGAUAUGAUAGGCUUAGAAGUUGACCCUUCAUUAGACAUGAAACUUGGAACAACAACAAGAAUCCAUCUGUGCACUUGAAUGUCACCCAGAAACAGAAAGGCAUGCAGCCAACUUCCUCCAGCUCUUUGUCCCAUCUCCUGGUGUUGCUUGGAUAUAGUUUAUCAACAUACCGAGUUUCCUGUCACUACUGUAUGACUAGAGAACACUGUAAGAACACUGCCGUGGAUAUGGAUGUUAGGUUUUAAAACAAGGAACCACAUUACAAGGUACAAGAUAAAGAAAAAUGUGGAGAGACUUGAAAAAGCAGUACAAGCACCAGAAUGUUCCACGAAUACCCCGAAUUCAAGUCCCCGCAGCGGCUGCUGACAGUCCAUUACUGAAGGACCUAAAUCAAGGGCAGCGGGGCUACUUCUACAGCAUCAUGAGGAUUUAUGACUCUAGGCCCCAGUGGAAGGCCCUGCAGACCCGCUACAUUCACAGCCUGGGGUACCAACAGCAUCUGGGUUACAUCACUCAACGGGAGGCCUUGUCUUGUGCUGCACUACUUAGACAUUCAACCAUGCUAGCCUCAACCGCGGCUACUCCUCAAAGGACUGGUCUCCCCAAAGUCUUCAGCCAUGCAAAGAAGCGUCAACCAGCAAAAUCAGGCUUUAGAGUCAGAUCCAGAGUCCCCCCUCCCCCCAGCAUGCUGGGCACCAAGACCUUAGACAAUGCAUAGUCUCUGAACUCUGAAAUGGGCAGCUCAUCUGUGUAUUCCUGGCAUUUUAGUGGGUGCUUGGUAUGCAUUUGUUGAAUGACAAUGAAUAAAAGAA